AUGGACACAGAAGAGUCUACCCCUAAUGAGCUCCUGCUCAGAGACAAAAAUGGGCAAGAUCUCCAAGAGAUGUUGAGAGAAGCAGGAUUGGCAGUUGAGUACUGGUUGCCCAAGCUGCAGGAACAUCUGGGUGUGACCUGUGCCCAAGCCUUACAACACCUACAAGAAAAAGAACUCCAGAAGCUGCAAUCCCAGGCACAACAUCCCUGGGAGAAAAGGGCCCUGGAGAAGCUGCUUAACCUGUCAUACUCAAAUACUCUUUCAGAGUUACAGGAGUCUCAGGUGGAAACAAUAAAGAAAAGGCAGAAGCAGGCAGAACAGGCACUGCAGGAGCUAAGAGAGAUGCUGGCAGAAGGGAGGCAGCGACAGGAAGAGGCAGUGAGGAAAAAGGAAGCAGAGCUGAUGCAGGCAAUGGAGAUCCCCAAAGAGUUCUGGCCACAUCCUGAAAAGUCCCUAAGAGACGUCAUGGAAAACAUGCUGGGACAACUCAAACUUAUGGAGGGGACACUGUCUCACAGAAAGAACCUUCCAGAUAGAGAGCUGGUGCGACAUGCAUCUGGAGGACUAGCCCUUCAGGGAAUUUACAAAACCAGUAAUCAAAUGGGCCUGAUAGAGAAGAAAGAGGAGCUACUCGGUGUCCCCAAGGAGUUCUCCCUCCGUGGCCCUGAGCAGAGUACACGGAUGGAAACAAAGGAGUUUACAUCUUCUCAAAAAGAAUCCAUGUUCACCCAGGCUGUAGAGAAGCUGGGCUUCAGUGUAACUGCCUCAGCAAAGGGUGGAGGUUGGGGAUUUAGCCUGGAAGCUGCUAUGAAUCAGAGCAAACAUUCAGAAUCCAAGGAAACCCAACAGUCACGUUCUAAGCACUCUUACUUCUGCUCAACCAAGUUCAGCUACAUCCCACUGGCCUCCUGCCACUUUCCCACUGACCAGCUCCAGCUCUCCAAGGCUGCUCUACAGGAACUGAAAUGCAUUGAAGACCUUUCAGGUCAGCCAGAAGACCCAGACAAACUUCCCUUGCUGAGGCGCAGGACUGAAGCCUUCUUCCACAGGUUUGGCUCUCAUGCUAACCAGGGCCCUCUGCACUUGGGAGGAAUCUACUGGUGGAAAGCCAUUUCAGAGGGCUUCCAAAGUGAGCAGCUGGCAGAAGUGAAACAGCAAGCUGCAGAGGCCCUGGAUAUUUACAUAAGGGGCAGCUACAGUGGCUUUGGAGUGAAUGUUGCUGCAGGUGUGGAUGUGUCAGACUCUCAUUCAAAAACAGCCUCUCAGAGAACAACCUUCCAAAAUCUCCAAACCAAAGUCCAAUUAUCUGUGGCCCAGACAGGUGGCCCACCAGAAGCAAAUGGCCUUUCACAGUGGAAAGCUGGCCUAGUUGCCAGUAAUCAAACCUGGUGUGUCAUUGACCGGGGAAUUCAGCUGGUGCCUGUCUGGGACAUCAUCCACACCAGCCACCGAAGCGAUUUUAAGGAUCCUCAUCAGGUAGCUAACUGCCUGAAAGACAGCUACACUGCUCUGACUGGUCUUACUGCCCAGAUCCAGGAGGGAGAAGAAUUACUGAGUGUUGAGAAGGAGGCUAGGCUUUUCCUAGAGGAUGUGAAAUCCUGGGACAUAUCUGAUCCUGAAGAGCAGCUUAAAAAGCUGAUAAAUUUCAUGCAAAGAUUGAGUGAAAAAAUAAAAAGUUAUAACACUUGGACUAAUAUAUGCCUCACAGAUAGGGGUCUGCAGAAUUUUCUGGUAGACACUGUCAACUUCUGCAAAAAGUAUUCCAUAUAUGAAACUAAAUUUAUUAAAUCUCAGUUAUACAGCCUUUUGGAUCCUCACAUCUACAAAGUGACAAACUUUCCUCAGGCUCAUUCCAUCAUGCAGUGGAUAUUUCAGUCAGAACCAGAGGAAGAGAAUGUCAAUAUCACCCAAUUUUCUGAAUUAAUUAAAAUCUUUAAAAAAAACCAGAAUGACCUUAUGGAAGUAAAGGCCAAGUCUGAAUCCACAGAAUCAGUGGAGGAAGCUCAAAGGAAGGUGACUUACGAGGUCAGCUUGUCUCUUGGCUGCUUCUUGAGAUACCUCCAAGAAAAGGGGCAGCCAGACACACACAUCUUGCUACUUUUGAUUGCAGCUGGUGCAGGAUAUCAUGUGGUAAACAAUACAUUUCAGUAUCUCCUUGGGUGUGAUGAGUUAGACUUCCUACUGGAUAAAAUGCAAACUGCCCUAGAUAAAUACCAAGAGCUCAAAAAUAUUUGCAACUACAAGGCUCAGUUCCUGGUGCUCACAGGUCUGACAGCUACACUUGGCAUCAAAGUUCCUUCUCCAGAUGAGAAAACAGAACGCUUGGCAUUAGUAAGACAUCACAUGGGACAAUCUUUGUCUAAAGAAGUUGUACAUGUCCUCACCAAACCUGGGGCAGAUCAUGAUUGGGAAAACCUAGAAAAAGACUUGAGAUUGCUCAUUGAUGGGGAUUAUGAGGCCGCUGUCUCUUCAUUGCAAAUGGAGGAUGUGAAAAAACAAUUGCAAAGUCUUUUCCAUGGAAAGAAACAGCCCCAUGAACCACAUGAUAAUGAAAGUAACAAACGGGAGGUCAUAGAAAAUAGAGCCUUCCUAGAAAUACUCCAGCGUCUAGGCCUGGAACAUUACUACCCCAAAAUGAUGAGCAGAGCUAACUUCCAUAUGAUCUACAAGAAUCCUGUGUACAACACCCAGCCCUGCUCUGAAAGAGAGCUUCCCUUCUAUUUCCUACAGAAGCUACUGAUGCUGGAUUAUGGGCUGAGAUACCUGAUCAUUAAGGAUGAUGAAUACACAGAGAAGCAAGUCUAUCCAAGCACCUCAAAUCAAGAAAAGGAGGCUUUUGAUCCAUAUGAAGAUCUAUUUGAAGACAGUAAUAGCACCACUAAUCCUUCAGCAGCCACUAAUGCCAGGCCCUACAUUCACCCUAUGGAUAUACAGAUGGCAAUUCUUCACUGUGCAGAUGAUUUUGCCAGACAAUACAUUUUGGCCAAACUUUCCAUUUGUCAGUUUGCCCUCCCCCUUCUCAUACCUAAUCCUUGCAAUGCUCAAAUUGAAUUCUCUCUCUGGUCUCUCAGUCAAAUUAGGAGGAGCUGGCAGCAAACAGGGAAAUCAAUAAAAGAGGAGAAGGACAAUUACAAAAAUCAGCAGAUGUGUCGUGUCUCUACCCCCAUUGUGUCUUUUAUUAGAGUUGGAAAUGGCUUCUCUGCCUCCAAAUCUCAGAUCAUGAACUGUCUUCUCAGUAAAAGGAAACAUGAUGUCUUUUUUCACCGACAUUGCAAAGGGAGCAGCAAAGACUGUCUCUUGAUGGGAGGUGUGGUGGAAGUUGCCUGGUUCUGUCCUGGGGGUGAAGAUCAGGACAGGUUUGACAACUGCCUGACCUUCAUCAAUCUUCAUGGAGAUGCAAAGGAACAUGAGAAGCAACUUGCCUUUUUGCAGGAGGUCUCUUCUCUCAUUGUGGUCCUCAUGUCAACUUCUGAUGACAAUAAAGAAACCCGAAAAAUUGUCCAUGACCUGUGUCAGAAAUCAAAAACUUUAAUCUGUUUGCUUGAUGAUAAAGAAAAAACCGUGGCAAGUAACUCUGGCCCAAGAGUGAGAAUUGGGGUCAGGAACAGAAAUGAGGCAGAAUUAAUAGAGGAGCUCACAACUACAAUCAGACGUUUGUUAGAGCUUUCUGACACUGCACUCAGCUUGGAGAACUGUGCCCAAAUUGCUCGCAAGCAAGGAUUGCUUAUUGAUGAAGAUCAGAGAGAAUGCAAGGAAGCCAAAGAAAAGGCAGAGAUUCUAAUGGCCCUACUGGGAGAAAUGGAAAUACCUCAGAUGAAGGAAAAUUUACUACCCCUUCAGGGAAAACUGUGGCAACUUUGGUGUAAAAAGGACAAAGAACUCUAUCAUCUGAGAGAAAAAGGGAAUCGAAGCAUUGAACAACACAAGAGUGAGAUUGAGACAGAUAAACAAACGAUACGACAUCAACAGUUGAGAAAAGCCUUUCCUCUCAACGAUUUAAUGCAUUCUGUCCUUGAAAUUCUCCAAAAUCAUUCAGAAACUCACACCAAACUCUACUUCUUGCAAUGGCUGAGUGUGUUUUUAGACAAUCUGACUGCAGGACACUUGGAAAAACUAAAUGAGAAGAAAAAGGCAUUGUGGUCACUGGUCCAAAAAGAAAAGCAAGAGGCACCAAAGAGCAACUCUCUGAAAGGCUUGCAAAAUGAGAUAGAAGUUAUCUCCAGAGAGAUUAGUGACUGCACCUUGGGAAUUGAGCAACUUCUCAGAGAAGUUGCCCAGAUCUAUGAAGCUCUGGAAGAAGCUUCAUCCAUGAAAGAUACCCUAUUUCUCUCCCUUCCCCACAUUGCUGCAGAUCUGAUGCUAUCUGGUUUUCCCAUUGAGCUAAUGGAUGGGGAUGCUUCUUAUGUGCCCCUGAGGUGGGUGGCAGCUGUUUUUGACAAGGUCUCUGAGAAACUUGGAAACAAACGGCUCUUUGUUCUCUCUGUCCUUGGCCUGCAGAGCUCAGGGAAGUCCACCCUGCUGAAUGCACUUUUUGGGCUGCAGUUCACUGUCAGUGCUGGGAGGUGUACCCGGGGGGCCUACAUGCAGCUUCUGAAGGUGGAGGAGACAUUCGCAAAGGAACUUGGCUUUGACUUUGUGCUUGUUGUGGACACAGAAGGACUUCGGGCCCCAGAACUCAGCAACAAGUCCAAGAAUCGUGACAAUGAGUUGGCAACCUUUGUCAUCGGACUUGGAAACUUGACUCUGAUCAAUAUUUUUGGGGAAAAUCCAUCAGAAAUGCAAGAUAUUCUACAAAUAGUUGUCCAAGCUUUUCUGAGGAUGAAACAAGUAAAAAUAUCUCCUAGUUGCCUCUUUGUUCAUCAGAAUGUGGGAGAAAUUACAGCUAAAGACCAAACUAUGGAAGGACGAAGGCGGCUAGAGCAGAGACUGGACGAAAUGGCAGCAACAGCAGCUGAAGAAGAGCAGUGCUCAGAUGUAACCCGCUUUCGUGAUGUCAUUAAGUUUGAUGUUAAUACCCACGUCUACUACUUUGCUCACCUCUGGGAUGGUAAUCCCCCAAUGGCCCCUCCCAAUCCUCGUUAUAGCCACAAUGUCCAAGAACUGAAAAGCAGAAUUCUUGUGACUGCCCAACAGGAAUCUAGGGGAAGCAUCAUGAAGAUAUCAGAUGUAAAAUUCCGAGUUCAAGAUUUGUGGAGAGCCCUAUUGAAUGAAAACUUUAUUUUCAGUUUCAGGAAUACCCGAGAGGUCAUGGCCAUGAGCAAACUGGAAACCAUGUAUAACUACUGGACAUGGGAGUUGAGGAGUUAUGUGCUGAGCAUACAGGACCAGCUGAUCAACCAGAUUCAGAAUGAAAAAAUCCAGACACUCAAAACACACACAAUUGAGGCUCCAGUUACAGAGAAAUAUGAAGCCAUCAAGCAAGAACUUGAAAAAUAUUUUAAUGAAGACCCAGAUAGUGAAGUGCUGGUACAGUGGAAAGGAAAUUUUGAAAAUAAGCUAAUAAUCCUUAAAGAGGCAUUCAUUUUAGACUGCCAAAGAAAAGCCAAAGAACUUCUUAGUUUUAAAAAGAAUCAAGAAAAACUGCAUAACAAAAAAUCAAGUUAUGAAAAGGAAUUACUGGAAAAAAGCCGAGAGUUGGCUUUAACUGUAAAGGGCACCCAACUGAGUGAGGAAGAGCUACAUGAGAAAUUCAACCCACUUUGGAAAAAAUGGGUUUAUGAUUUGUCCUCAACUCACUCUCCAAUCGCAGAGCCUAAAAUUGAAGUGGAUUCUGAAAACAUCCUUUUGGAUUAUUUCAAAAAGGAGAAAGACAUGGCAAGCAUACUGAAGAAAAAUUCUGGAGAAAACUUUGAAAUCAAAUAUGACAAACAUAUCAAAAUGAACAAGAAAUAUUUGAACUUAGUUACAAUGACGUUAGAGGCCCAGGAUAAAGAGUCCAUAAAUAUGACUACUAACCGCAUUGUUUCAAAAGUUAAUGAAACUAUUAACAACAUUUGUAGGCAAAAGCAUGAUUACAAUCCAACUUAUUUCUAUGAAAUCCUGAGAAUAAUAGAUGAGGAGGUGAAAUCUGCACCCACUAAGGAAAGAUACACAUUUACAAGAAAAUAUGAAAUAGACUUAUCCUUGUGUUUAUUCCAAAGAGCAUCAAUGAAGUUUCAUGAUAUGCACAAGGUAUUCAAGAGAGCAAAUGAUCCUGUAAACUAUCUGGAAAGCAAGAAAGAUGAUUUCUUCAUGAGUUUUAAGAUCUCUUGUCAGGGAGCAACCUCAAUUAAAACAUUUGUUGAUUUUCUGUGGCACAAACUCACCACUGCUGUCUCCAACACCAUAAAGAAAAACAUGGCCCGCAAAAUUGCUGGGGACAUGCAAGCCACCUGCCCUGCAUUCAAUGGAAACAGGGCUAACCUGGAGAAACACAUUCUCAUCUCUCUGGCAGAAGAGGAAAAUUUUGAUAACUGUUGGCAGUACCUUCAUAAUCCGGAAUCAUUUUUUAAGAAUUACAUUGAAAACCACAUUAAAAGAUAUUGUUCUGACAAAGGAAAUGAAAAAAUGAAGACAUUUUUAAAAAUAAGUUCAGAUGAAAUCAAGAAUGCCAUCCUCUCAGCUAUUCAGGUAUCCACAGCAGUAGCUAAAGAUAAAAGCAGCACUGUGUCUGGGUGGUUGGAUUUGUUCUGUGAUCACCUGGGGAGUAACUUGAUCUUUCCACGAAAAGACCUGAUAAGCAUUGAACACCAGGAGAUAAAAGAUAUUGACUUUCUCAAAGAAGCCAUGAGUAAAGCUUUGGAUCCUGAAAUGAAGAGAGUAGAACAGAAUGAUUUGUAUAUGUUUGUAGAAGAAAUCGUUCCUGAAAUCCAGAAAAUGCUCACUGAACAUCUCUGUGGCUGCUGGAAACAGUGUCCCUGCUGUAGUGCAAUCUGUACAAACACAAUCCCUAUGCAUGAUGGAGACCACAGUGUUCCCUUCCAUCGUCCACAGGCUGUCAGUGGAGGAUGGUGGUACAAAACAGACCAUUUUGUCAUUGAUUGCUGUACCAGUUUGGUAACAAGUGAUUGUGUUUUGGUUUUGGGAGAUGGCAGGGAAGUCCCAUAUAAGAACUAUCGACAGGCAGGAGGGGAAUAUGCCAGGUGGAGUAUCACCCCAGACACAUCCACCCAGCCAUACUGGAAAUGGUUUGUCUGUCACUUCAGAUUAAAGCUACAAGAAAAGUAUCUCAAAAGAUUUAUAGGUAAAGGUACAAUUCCUGAUGCAUGGAACAAAAUUAUGAAACAGGAUGUGCUUAAUGACUUGAAAAAAAAUUAA